AGUUGAGCAGAGUUUAGUCCGAGAGAAGCGGUGCAACGGGAAUGAACAGACCCGCACGAGUAACAUAAUAAUCCAACCGUCAGUUUUCUUUAUAAACAGUUUUUUUUUUUUUUAAUGACAAGGACAAUUUACAGGCUACCUACGUUUACAGACAAUAUGACAAUCAACUGUGGAACGUUUUGAAUAGGACUGUUAUUAUUGAGACAUUGACCAUAACCCACCGCUGUCUGUCUGUCUUUUAAACCGGAGAGUGAGAACCGACAAGAACGUGCCGCUAUACGGGAACGUGUAACCCGGGCAUCAGUGCAGCUCACCGGACCGGUAAACACGUCUCUAAUAACCACCGUGGAUCUAUAUUUUCCAUUUGGAAUCUUCACAGCUCUUCUCUCAGAAACAUUCUCCUCGAAGGAUCCGGUGACUCACCGCGAAGGGGAAGGCAAGCCUCUGCAUUCUAAUCAGCCGCACCGGGAGAACGGAGAGGAGAACGGAACGAGCUCAUUGACAUUACAGUCAUACUUUUUUUGUGGAGCACUUCUACUUCGGUAGCUGCACCCGCACCACUCGUAGCGCUGCUAGUCUGUCUGCGUCGGUCGGAGCUGGUUGCUGGCUUCAUUCUCACCACCCGGAGAAGGAAUAGCAGGGUGACAGACCAAGCGAGGGGAUUGGGUUUUAACAUAAACCAAAACCAGGGAUUAUUGGCUAUUUUGUAUUUAACCUGAUACCUUUCGGUAAGAGAGCGACAGAGAGAGCAACGGGAACGCAUAACGGCUAUUCUAUCCGGUUGGAGACAGACCGGGUUACGAUUAUUCCUGAGAUGAGCCCUAGGCGUUCAACUGAAUUUAAAUUAGGUGUCCACGAGCACCAUCGUUUUCUAUAAGGGAAAGGAGAGCGAGAGAGAGAGAGAGAGAGAGAAAAAGGGAAAUUUAAAUCGGUGCUCUAGAAUGACUUCUACAUUCCACGAUGAACGGAACUGUGUGUUUGAUCCUGAAUGGUAGAAAUCACCCAUUUUGUGUUGGAGAAAUCAACAGGUCGGAGUCGGAGGCGUAAAAAACAAAAUCGCUCGAAAUUAAAAAACCUCUCACCGAAGGAUGUAUCUUUCCAUUUUAUUUUUCCUUCUCCUUUGGGCUCAAGCCCUGGCUUUGAAAAACUUGAAUUAUUCCGUUAACGAAGAACAAGGACCGGGGACGGUUAUAGGCAACAUCGCUAAAGAUGCUAAACUCGGUCUCGGGCAAGGAGGACAAGGGAAAAAAUCAAACUUCAGAGUUCUGGAGAAUUCAGCACCGCAUCUCAUCGAUGUGGACCCUGAGAGCGGGCUGCUCUAUACCAAGCAGCGCAUCGACAGGGAAACACUGUGUCGGCGGAACCCCAAAUGUCAGCUCUCCAUGGAGGUAUUUGCUAACGACAAAGAGAUCUGCAUGAUUAAGGUAGAUAUAGUCGACAUCAACGACAACUCGCCCACGUUCCCUUCCGAUCAGAUUGAUAUUGACAUUUCUGAGAACGCUGCCCCGGGCACCCGCUUCCCGCUUACUAGCGCUCAUGACCCGGACGCUGGGGAGAACGGGCUAAAAACCUACCAGAUCACACGAGACGACUACAAUCUGUUUUCUCUGGAUGUAAAAUCCCGCGGGGACGGAACUAAAUUUCCCGAGUUAGUUAUUCAACGGCCGUUAGACCGGGAGGAACGUAACCAUCACACCCUCAUCCUAACCGCUACGGACGGCGGGGAGUAUCCCAGAUCAGGAACCAUGCAGAUUAAUGUAAAAGUUAUUGACUCUAACGAUAACAGCCCUGUGUUUGAACAGCCCUCUUAUGUUGUAGAAAUCCCAGAAAACUCCCCACCUGGGAAAGUAUUGAUAGAUUUAAAUGCCACAGACCCAGACGAGGGUUCCAAUGGUCAGGUGGUGUAUUCAUUCAGCGGCUACGCCCCGGAUAGAAUCAGAGAACUCUUCUCUAUAGAUUCUAGAACGGGAGUCAUAAAAAUCCAAGGAGAGAUUGACUACGAGGAGAACCCUAUUAUAGAAAUAGAUGUUCAGGCUAAGGAUUUAGGCCCUAACCCCAUCCCAGGCCACUGUAAAGUAACUGUGAAUGUGAUCGACAGGAAUGACAACUGGCCCUCCAUAGGGUUUGUGUCUGUGAGGCAGGGGGCCAUUAGCGAGGCAGCCCCACCAGGCACGGUCAUCGCCCUGGUCAGAGUCACGGAUAAAGACUCUGGGAGGAACGGGAAGCUCCAGUGUAGAGUCCUGGGGAACGUUCCGUUUAAACUAGAGGAGAACUACGACAACUUCUACACCGUGGUGACGGACAGGCCUCUGGACAGAGAACAGCAGGACGAGUACAACGUCACCAUCGUCGCCAAGGACAACGGCACGCCGCCCCUUAACUCCACCAAGUCGUUCACGGUGAAGAUUCUCGACGAGAACGAUAACGUUCCGCGUUUCACCAAAGCUGUGUAUCUGCUCCAGGUGCCGGAGAACAACAUCCCCGGGGAGUAUCUGGGUUCCGUCCUCGCUCUAGACCCGGACCUGGGCCAGAACGGAACCGUGUUCUACUCCAUCCUCAACUCCAACGUGAGCGGAGGAGACGUCAACACCUUUGUGAACGUGAACGCGGCCAACGGGGCAAUCUACGCCGUGAGGUCAUUCAACUACGAACAAAUCAAAUUCUUUGAUUUUAAGGUCUUGGCGAAGGAUGCUGGGUCUCCUCACCUGGAGAGCAACACCACGGUCAGGGUCAGCGUCUUAGACGUUAACGACAAUAUCCCCGUCAUCGUUCUCCCGCUGCUCCUGAACGACACGGCGGAGAUCCACGUGCCACGGAACGUCGGCGUAGGUUACGUCGUCACCACGGUGAGGGCGGUCGACAACGAUUACGGCGAGAGCGGGCGGUUGACCUACGAGAUCUCCGACGGUAACGAGGAGCAUCUGUUCGAGAUGGACCCGGUGACGGGCGAGGUACGGACCGCCCACCCCUUCUGGGAGGACGUCAGCCCCACGGUGGAGCUGAUCAUCAGGGUGAUGGACCACGGGAAGCCCACCCUCACCACCGCCGCACGCCUCAUCGUCAAGGCCUACAGCGGACCGCUGCCGGGCGGCGAGCCCCACAUCAACGAAGAGCAUCACAACUGGGACACCUCGCUGCCUCUCAUCGUCACCUUAUCCAUCAUCUCUAUGAUGCUGCUGGCUGCCAUGGUAACCAUCGCCGUGAAGUGCAAACGGGAGAACAAGGAGAUCAGGACGUACAACUGCCGCAUCGCGGAGUACUCUCACCCGCAGCUGGGCAAAGGCAAGAAGAAGAAGAUCAACAAGAAUGACAUCAUGCUAGUUCAGAGCGAGGUGGAGGAACGGGACGCCAUGAACGUCAUGAACGUGGUGAGCUCCCCGUCGCUCGCCACCUCCCCCAUGUAUUUCGAUUACCAGACGCGGCUGCCGCUGAGCUCGCCCAGGUCGGAGGUCAUGUACCUCAAGCCCACGGCCAACAACCUGUCGGUGCCCCAGGGACAGGGCCACGGCGUCGGCUGUCACACGUCCUUCACUGGCCCGGUGACUAACACCACAGAUACCCCCAGUAGCAGGAUGUCCAUUAUACAGACAGACAAUUUUCCCGCUGAGCCCAAUUACAUGGGCAGCAGGCAGCAGUUUGUUCAAAGCAGCUCGACAUUCAAGGACCCAGAGCGAGCCAGCCUUAGAGACAGUGGUCAUGGCGAUAGUGAUCAGGCCGAUAGCGACCAGGACACUAAUAAAGGCUCCUGCUGCGACAUGUCGGCCAAAGAGGCUCUGAAGAUGAAGGCUACGGGCGUUAAACCACCUCCUCUGGAACAGGAAGAAGACUGUGUUAAUUGCACAGAGGAGUGCAGAGUCCUCGGCCACUCCGACCGCUGCUGGAUGCCACAGUUCCCGGCGGGAGGGGCGGGAGGGGGAGGAGCCAACCAGGCAGAGGGCGUGGACUACCGCAACAACCUGUUCGUCCCCGCGGGGAUGGAGGCUGCCAUGGAGACCACAGAAGCCUACGAGACCGUCAACCCCAACGGGAAGAAAACCUUCUGCACCUUCGGGAAGGAGCGUCGGGACCACACCAUUUUAGUGGCUAACGUCAAGCCUUACCUGAAGGCCAAGAGAGCCUUGUCUCCGCUUCUCCAGGAGGUCCCCUCAGCCUCCAACUCCCCCACUAAAGGCUGCUCCUCCUCUAACAACUCCCCCUGCGCCUCCUCCACUAAAUCCCCCGCAGACGGAGCCGAGACCAAACCCUCCCCCAGCCACUAUUGCUCUGGCCCCCCCGACGGGCAGUACCACUCCCCCAACAAACAGAGCAGAGACCCAGGUCUCCCCCAUCACUACGGCCCCCGCGGCCCAGGACUACCCCCGGGACACCCAGCCUACCCUUCUCUUUCCUGCGACCCUGUGGCCAAGGUUCUAGCGGAGGCCCGGUCCCGAAUCAGCCAGGAGGCUGGGGUGGGAACAGAGAUGGACUGUGUUCUGGAAAUGGACGGGGGGAUCCACGGAGGGGGGGAGCUGGGGCGGGACGGGGUCGAUGCAGACCAGGUGGUCAGAGACAUCGACAAACUGCUGCAGGACUGCAGAGGCAGCGAGACAGCCACCGGCACUCUCAGAAGAAAGUGAUACACAGGGUAGAAAGAGAGAGAGAGAGAGAGAGAGAGAGAGGGAUUUGGGCAGGAAGGAUACUCUCAGCCCUAAGACUGCCACCGCCAUCUAAACAACAAACAGAACACUGCUGGCCGUCAACGUGACCUUAUUGUUGACCUCGACUUGGAACUAUGGAAGGACCACGUGUUGGACUUCUCCCUGUCGAUAUCGCCAUGGACAUCUGAAUUCAGAAGGACUGAAACAUGGACAUCUGAAUUCAGAAGGACUGAAACAUGGUCAGCUGAAUUCAGAAGGACUGAAACAUGGUCAGCUGAAUUCAGAAGGACUGAAACAUGGUCAGCUGAAUUCAGAAGGACUGAAACAUGGUCAGCUGAAUUCAGAAGGACUGAAACAUGGUCAGCUGAAUUCAGAAGGACUGAAACAUGGACAGCUGAAUUCAGAAGGACUGAAACAUGGACAGCUGAAUUCAGAAGGACUGAAACAUGGACAGCUGAAUUCAGAAGGACUGAAACAUGGACAGCUGAAUUCAGAAGGACUGAAACAUGGACAGCUGAAUUCAGAAGGACUGAAACAUGGACAUCUAAAUUCAGAAGGACUGAAACAUUGACAGCUGAAUUCAGGAGGACUGAAACAUCGUCAUCUGAAUUCAGAAGGACUGAAACAUGGACAGCUGAAUUCAGAAGGACUGAAACAUGGGCAUCUGAAUUCAGAAGGACUGAAACAUGGACAGCUGAAUUCAGAAGGACUGAAACAUGGACAGCUGAAUUCAGAAGGACUGAAACAUGGACGUCUGAAUUCAGAAGGACUGAAACAUGGACAGCUGAAUUCAGAAGGACUGAAACAUGGACAGCUGAAUUCUGUUGAACUUCUUUGACUCUUUUUGUGAUUCUUUGGGAAUGACAGAAUGCUGGGCACUUUCUGUCUGGCUCCCUGCAAGCUUUUAAUCCAAGUGGCCACCAGCUCAUUGUUAAUGUGAUUCUUUGGGAAUGACAGGAAUGAGCAGCUUCUGUCUGGCUCCCUGCAAGCUUUUAAUCCAAGUGGCCACCAGCUCAUUGUUAAUGUGUGUUCAUGGUCUUUCCUUUGCCAGGACAAGCUUAAACAUCUGUUUGUGUGUGUGUGUGUGUGUUGCUUACGUGAAGUGUGAACGCAGCCAUUGGCUUCUGGGAGGAUUAUUAUAAUGGUCUAUCAUGACAAUCGGAGGACAGGUCCUGAGUGUCAGGGACCCGGAAAGAGCAGACAGAGUUGGUUCCCGACCUGAACUUUGGUUUGGUUCUGACCGACGACCCGCGGAGAGAGAGACAAAACACUUCUCUAAACUUUUUUAAUAUUGAUGUUUAAAAUUACAAAAGGUAUGUAUGUAUGUUAAACAGGUUGGUCAUUCAGGGGUCAGGGAGGGGUCGGUGGGGUCAGGGAGGGGUCAGGGAGGGGUCGGUGGGGUUCUAAAAUGUGUCAGCAUAUCUCUCACCUGUCCUAAUCCUGUUCUUUAUAGUCACCUGUGAAACCAUGUGCUUCUAUAUCAUUAUUCACACGGAACAUUCCAGACUGGGGAAGUCUAACAGACACACACACACGCACACACACACACACACACACACACACACACACACACUGUACACACACACGACCACGCUGUGUACACACACGAGAUGUAAAGCGCCUCAUCAAACUGUGCCAUCAGCUUCCUGUUCCUGUAUAGUGAGUCUACUUGUCUGAGCCUCCCGUUCCUUCAGCGAUCACAAUCCUUUACCAAGGGAUAUUGUUUUUUCCUUCAACUGUGAAAAGAUAUAUCUAUAGAAAUCAUACAGAUUAAUAUAUGUACUCUCAAUUUAUGUAUAGUGUCCAUAUUCCCCCAUAAAAAAAAUUAUUUAUACAUUUUGUAAAAAAUAAAAAUAAAAAAUAAAUUAAAAAAUGAAGAAGAAAAAAAUCUGAAAGAAAAUCGGUUUCCAGAAGUCGAGGUGAAGUUGACGAGUUGGAGAUAUUUAUUCAAAACGACACUAAAGGACACCGGGCCACUGCGACUGUUUCAAAUAAAAACCCAACAGUCCCUUUCACCUGCCCACUAUUACACAAUAUCAUUAAAUGUUCAACAAUGUAUCCAAUUUAAUGUGUUUUAACAUCAACAAACAACAACAAAAAACAAGAUGGACUUAUUUAUUUUUUUUUGUUUUGUUGUUUUUUUAAAUCUGCAAUUUUCUGUGCAUUUGAGCCAAAUUGUUACAUGUACAAGAGCUAUAAUGUGUAUUUUAUUAAAUUAAUAUAUCGUUGUGUUGCAAUAUACAUGGGCUUUAUAUUGUAUUUUGACGACCUCGCCUCAGUAGCUUGUCGAACUCUAUGAGUUUAAAUCAGUUUGGGGGAUGUAUCCCGAAUAGCACACUGUUUCCUGUGGAGUGCACUAGUUAUGACCAGGGCCCGUAGGGACACUCAUAGGGCUCUGGUCAAAACUAGUGCACUACGUAGUUUAUAGGGUUCCGUUUAGGACUCAAUCCUUGGGGUUUUUUUUUCCGUCUGUGUGUUCUCCUCCUCUCUACUUUUGCGUCCUUGCAGGAUGGGUUUCACAUUUCUUUCAGGCGCGUUCUCCUCUCUUUUCCAACCUGAAAUCACAAUGCUUCUUAUUUAUUACAACACAAAACGGUCCAGCACAUUUAGACUACAAAAACAACAACAAAACAAAACAAAACAAACAACAAAAAAACUACAAC